UGUCACAAGACAUACGCCAUCGAAUGGGUUUGAGCCGGGUAGCCUACCGACGAAAUGGAGAGGGAAAGAGGGAGAGAAUCACCAUUUAUUUUGUUUGGUUUUGAUAGUGUAUUGUGGUAGUCGACUCAUUCCUCGCGAAAUUUAGAAUUCAAAAUAAACAUCCUCCUCGUGUCUGUUACAAAUUGAAACUCUCUCAUCUUGGCCCUAAUCAGCAUCAACGACCUGCUCUACCGGUGUAACGUGAGGGCGUCCUACCGUUGCCUUCAUGCCGAGUCCGCAAAGUAUGGCCACUCUUUCGGUGACUGAUUGUGGAAGUCACCAGUUAUAUGCUACCAAGGAUGAACCAAUCACAAGUCAGCAUGCUCCGGCUCGGGUAACUGUAACAACCAACCCAGAGCAUGAGAAGUUCUCAAACUGCCUUUUGCAAUUGGAGAGUUGCGAUGAAGAGAUCGACCUCUCGACCCCAAAGCAGAGCAUCCCCCGAAAGAGUGACACCAUCAACAAUAACAAUAACGGCAGCGGGGCAUGUGAGACUCUUACUAGGAAUGAGGGGGCGGUGAACUAUAGAGGGAUGCAAAGGCGGAGCUUGUUGGAGGGUAUAUGGGGGUGUCUCAAACCGGUCUGGAACAUGAUCGGAAAGGGAAAUCAAGAGAAACAAAAUGAAGGAUUUUUAAAUGAUUGGGAGGUUCCAUUUGAGAAUAUCCGCAACCUACAGUGGUUAGGAAGUGGAGCCCAAGGCGCUGUCUUCCUAGGCUGGUACAGGACGGAACCAGUCGCCGUCAAGAAGGUCAGGGAUGAAAAGGAAACGGACAUCAAGCAUUUACGCAAACUCAACCAUCAGAAUAUUGUGACAAUAAAGGGUGUGUGCACGUUAGCACCUUGCUAUUGUAUCCUGAUGGAGUACUGCCCAUUUGGACAGCUAUAUGAAGUGCUGAGGGACGGACGUGAGAUUCCCCCUCAGCUGAUGAUUGACUGGUCCAAACAGAUUGCUCAGGGCAUGCACUACCUCCAUUCACAUAAGAUCAUCCAUAGGGAUCUUAAGUCACCAAAUGUGCUUGUGGCGAAUAAUGACAUCCUGAAGAUCUCAGAUUUUGGCACCAGUAGAGAGUGGAAUGAGAAGAGCACCAAGAUGUCAUUCGCUGGCACCGUGGCUUGGAUGGCACCAGAGGUGAUACGUAAUGAACCCUGUUCAGAGAAAGUUGAUGUUUGGUCAUUCGGUGUGGUCCUCUGGGAGCUUUUGACUGGAGAGAUGCCUUACAAGGAUGUGGAUUCCUCUGCCAUUAUCUGGGGUGUAGGAAGCAACAGCCUUCAGCUACCCAUCCCAUCCACCUGUCCUGAUGGCUUCAAGCUUCUUAUGAUGCAGUGCUGGAGUGCCAAGACCAGGAAUAGACCAUCCUUUCGGCAGAUCCUCAUGCAUAUCGACAUCGCUGCUGUAGACUUCUUGUCAACGCCACAGGAGGCUUAUUUUGACAAGCAGGUUGAUUGGAGAGAAGAGAUAAAGCUCCAAUUUGAGAAAAUGAAAUCUGAGGGAUCAUCCAUGUGCCACAUUGAUGAAGACCUCAUCAAAAGAAGACAGGAUGAACUCAGGCAUGCACAGGACAUCAGGGAACACUAUGAGCGCAAGCUGCAACGAGCCAACGACCUCUACAUGGAGCUGCACUCAUGCCUUCUCCAGCUGGAGCAGAGGGAGAGGGAGCUGAUGCGCAGGGAGAAACAGAUCAGCGAGAUCGAGGUCAAGAAGAAGAGGGCACUCAAACCCAUCCUCAAGGCUCGCACUGUCCAAAAACUCAUUGAAAAGUCAUUGCAAUCUCAUGGAGGUUCGGCUACGCUUGGAAGGUCACCAAGUCCUGGAAGUUCCUCAGUAAGUCCAGAGCCAGAAAAUAGAUCUCCAGCAACCCUUCCAAGAGCCAACCUCAAUACUAAGACCUCACCCAUCCGAGCAAAGACCUUGCCUCAGCGCAAGUCACGCCAUCGCAGGAACAAUAGCCAUGGUAGGGGAAGUUUUUCUGGGAAAGCCUCAUCGCCGUCUAAGGAAAGCUCAGAAUCCAGUAAACCCCCAAGUAGUAGCCCAAGAAAAGCAGAUGAAGAUGUUUCCUCAAGUACCCAGGACAUUCGUAAGCCUGAUGCAGAAACCUCAAGGUUUAUCAAGCGCUCCCAGAGUGAAAGACUUGUUACAGAAGGCACAAUGUCCAGGAAACAUGGUUGUCGUUUUAAUAUCCACUCUCCUGCAGAAAUUGCAGGUGGCAUAUGCAGGUGCAAUGGACGUAACUCAAAGAGCCGUCCUGGACAUGUACAAAUUGUGAACGAAGGCCAAAGUCAAGCGGCUCAACGAAAGUAUAAGCACAGACAAAGGACAAUUGGUAACUUCACCAGCGAGAUUGACGUUUUGAAUAGCAAUAGUCCCGUUCAAGGGGCCACCAGUGGACCAAGUGCUCAGGAAGGUCCCUCCAAUUCCACGGCCAUCACUGUUAAUGCAGAAAUGAACUAUUCUUCAGAUCAUUCCAUGGGUGGUGUUAGGUUAGGAGGAAUGGAGGUUAUGGGACUCAAGUCCUCCUAUAUAGGACACAGACUUGCUUCAGCAGAUAGUCCUAUCAGGAGGAACGUAGGUUCCUUGCGGAAAGGUCCAGGAAUUUCAAAGAGAAGCCCCUCUCCAACAAAGAAGACAAAGUCAUCUCUAGACAAAUCAAAGGGAGGUGAUAGUUCCAGUGAUAAUGAGGAAGGAGCACCAGACCAUUCCAGCGAUGAAGACACAUUGACGAUACAAAACGACAGGUUGCGUCCAAAAAGCCGUCAGUCCUUCUCCACCGAUCACUCUGAUGGCAUCUUCUCCGAAGAAGACAACACCAGCGAUCGGUCCCAUGGCCCCACCCCAGAGCCAGGCCAACGAGCCCGUACCACCACACCUAGCAGUCUGUCCUCUGUUGCUAUCAGCAUGAAUCCUGAUCACCAUGACCUAGGAGCCAUGACCUCUGAUGGUCUCUCAGACAAGGAACGUGUUGUUAGACAGGUCAUGAAACAGAUCUCCGGGGAUAAGAGCUAUGAGAGCAAAAUACACUACACAGAGACAGAUUCCAGUAGUGACGAAGGCGGAGACUAGGUGUUUGCAGACAAGAUUCAUUUAUUACUUCAGACCUCAACAGAUGUGGCAAUCAAUACUAUAUUGUGCAGCUUUGUUAAAGUUUAUCCUGCAGAAAAGAAGAAAAAAAGUAUUAUUUUAUUGUUACUACAGCUUUUCAUGUAUAUUCAAAACAGACUAUUCAUAUUAUUUGCUUCAUGUGUGAAUUGAUUUAGUACUUGAUUUUUUAAGCUCAUGUUUUGCUAAUACAUUUCCUAUUUCAUUGUUAUAAUACAUUCAGGCAUUGUAGUUACUAUUGCUUAUAUGCAUGACAACAUUUAUGUGUUCUUUUCAUUAAAUUCAAAAUCAUGUAUAAAGUGAUUAUGAAUGAUGUAUCUGAUAAUACUUUGAUGAUGAUGUCUUUUGUACUUAUAAAUUUGAAAGGUUUUAAAAAAAGUAUUAUCAGAGAGAGAAAAAUGUAUUCAUUUGAAGAAAAAGUAAACUAAUUAUUCAUUUAUCCAGCUUAUGGUUUCAUUUUGAUGAGUUCUUUGAAAAAAAUAUUUGGGAAAAUUUUGUUUUAAAGUAACACACUAAAGCAUCUGUACAAGGUGAAUGGUGCCAUAUAAAAUCCUAAAAACACAAUCGAAAUGUUUUCAAUUGAGUUAAGAACGUUAAUUUGGUUGAUGCUACCGACUCCAUUGAAGCACAAAAAAAGGAAAAUAAACUUGUCAUGAUUUGUUACAAAACCUUUGAUAUUCAAAGUGUAGCAGGACAUCAGAAGUCCGGCAAAGUGCAAUGUUGAAAAUAUAUACUUCAUUUGUAAAAUGUCAUGUAUUCUUAUUGGUUUUUCAUAUAUAUUACAAACUGUUUAUCAGUGAAUUAAUAUAUCUAUUGAGGAGUAAAGCUCUUUCUUUACAGAAGACAUUGAAGCUGCUGUAUUUUUUAAUACAAGUAUAUAAAAAGAUUGUGCAAUGAUAGAAAUUUUUAUGAAGAAUGAAUCCUAUAUUCAUAUGCUUAUUUUGGGGAACAUUAAAAAGGAGAAAAAAAAAAUGUGAAUAACAGUCCAAACCUUUUCUUAAUUUGAGAAUAGGAACGUCAUUCAAGUUCAAAUUCAUGUUUUGCCUGUUUGAGAAUCGCAGUUGAGUUUUGUUUUAAAAUUUGAUUCUUUUCAUGCAUUUGCCAUUUGUUUGCAAUUUAUUUUGAGGAAUUUCUGAUCUGCUAAAGUCGUAGAAGACAUUUAGCAAUGCUCUCGAUUCAAUUGCAACUGCAUAUGUGACUCUUCUCAGGUAUUGCCUAGUGCUUAUAUAACAAAAGGAAAUGUUAGCUCAGUCUUUUUUUCCCAUCAAGAAGCAAGGAAAAAAUCAUGUCCAUUUAACAUAUACAGAUGGGAUCAUCAUUUCUUUUAUACUGAUGAUGUGGCUGUAUCAAGACUAGCUUCUAGCUAGACUUUUUGAUUUGUUUAAAUCAUAUUGUUGUGGAUCACAUGAUCAGAUAUCUGGUGGUUUGCAACGGUACUGCAAUAAAUGUGUAUUUUUUCAGAAAUGUUUCUUGAUUUAGGAAUAAUUCAAAGAUUUAUUGAUGGGACAGGAGUACUGAUUUUACUUUGACAAAAUAAGUACCCGAUGUACAUAUUUGUGUUAAAUCAUAAUAACUUCCAUACAGUGACAAAGUACUGAAAAUAUAUAUUGUUUUCAGUCAUGUACGAAUUACUGAAAGAUGUUUUUGGAGAUAGUAACGGCAGGUAAAAAGAAAGUUCGUCAAAAAAAUAUUAUGAAAAGUGGACAGUGAUGUUAAAAGUUUCUCCUCUCAAUGGAAAUGACUGAGUGUAUAUUAAAUUUUUUUAAAGUGUAAAUUAUUGUAAAAAAAUGUAAAUUAAGUGUUGAUUUCUUGGAUUUAAAAUUGAAGAAGUCUCCCAUAGUCAUUCACUGCCAUGAUCACCCUGUAAAUACUUAGUAAAUAUUUAGUUUAUCAAUGAUAAAUGGCUAAUUCAUCCUUCCAUUUUUAUCAUGCAACAUAAUUCAAAGAUCUCUAUGUAGAUAUUAUUAGAUAAUGUAAUGAUAGACACGUUAAAUCAAAUUAAAGCUGAAAAAAAACCCACUAGUUAUUAAAGUAAUUUUGUAUGAAACUUCAGUUCUCAUUGAUAGUGAUAUAUGAACACCUUGUAUUUUAUUUAGCUUACUGACUUCAGUACUGAACAAUUUUAUCCCGUGGCAGCAUGGUCAUUAUUUUUAUUAGUGACUUUAACCCCCCCCCCCCCGAUAUGAUAACUUUCAUUUAUUUUCAAAGGCUGUUUAUCAGUCUCUUUGUUCUUGCCGGCCAAUAAAGCUUAAUGAGUGGUGUUAUGAUUAUGAGUGUUUCUUUGCUAGUAAUUUUCAUGUUUUUUUACAGAAGGUACCGUAAACCUGAAACCAUUUUCGCUUUGUAUUCUUUUAUUAUUAAUGGCAUAUACAUGUAGUAUCUUUCAAUACUGUAUCACUACGAACAUGGAAUAUGUAUGUUAUGUACAUGUAUAUUGUGUAAUAAACAUUUUAUGAGAGAUGUACAUUAAAAUGCCUACUGGUAUUUGUUAUUAAAAUAUUGAUAACAAUUUAUCAUAUUUGAUUUACUAGCCUAUUUGCAUUUUAGCUCUGCCCAUUUGAGGCCAAAGCAAAAAGUUUUUUAUGAUCGUGCUAUUAUUUGCAAUGUUCAAUCUUUCUCAAGACUUUAUUGAACAAGAAAAUGUGCUUAGGAAGGUGACCCUAUGAAACAGAGCCAUUCCUUUGCAAAACAUUGUAAAAAAAAAGAGCAUGUGUUUAUUGAUUUUGUUAUGUUAUCUUUCACAUCUGCAUUGUUUUAAAGAUGUAUCUUUUAUGGAUUUGUAGUUCAAAACGAUCCUUGGUAAAUGACCCAACUACAUGUAUUCAACUAAAGGAAUAGAUUGAAGGAUAACUCAAUGAAAACCUAACAUUGGUGUGCUGGUUUAUAAAUAUAGAAGAAAAAAUGAACAAGAGUUCUCAAAUAUGUGCAAUUUCAUGAAAACGGUCAUUAUUUAUUACUUAACUUUUUAAUUUUCAUAGGGGUUCCCUAGGAUAGCUCUCCUGAAAGGACCCCCCACUGCAGUAGCCUGGGGGUUUUAAAUGCAUGUAAUAUUUUACAUUGGAGUUUGGAAUUCCUACAUUAGCUGUAAAUUUUGUAGGAUAUAAUAUUAUAAUAUCAGAUUCUUUCAGGAUUAGUGUCCUAUUAUUAGCAUCUAAUUCUCUUUUCUAAUCCCAAAAUUGAAAAACAUAACUGAAUGGUGAUGUCUUAGCCCCAUCCAAUUAAGAUUGGAUAGUCCUUUUACUGAAAUGAUCAAAAUAAAAUGGCUGAUUUUUAACAACAAUCAUGUAUCCAGGUACACAUUGAUUUGAUUUAAGGCACCGUUUUUACAUCAUAGAUAUCCUUUGAUAUCUAUGCAUCAUGUUUUCAACAGGUCGUGUUUUUAUGAUUGCAUGUCCACAUAAUUGCACAUUAACGUUUUAUGCAUGUAACUAAUGAAAUUUUCAAAGGAAUGGAUUCUUACAGAUGUCCUCUCAUGUUUUUCAGCAUUGUUUUUUAUGCAGUAUUGCUUUAUUGAAGCGAGCAUCCUAUUUUAAAAAGUUGUAUUCAGGAUCCCAUCUUACGAAGAGUUACAGUUAAUCAAAUCAACCUCAAUUAUAUUGGAAUCCAUCAUUGUAAUAAUAUUUUCUACAAGAAAUUUGAACAAUGUCCUUUAUAACCAAAGAAGCACACUGAAUUUUCAAGAAAACAAUGAUUUUGUGAUUAUACAUCAUAGUUAUAAAAUAUUUUGAACAAUCAUGCAUAAUGUUGGCAUUGCUGGCUUUCCCUAGUUGUGGUUGAUUGGAUCGAUCGCAACUCUUUAUAAAGACGGGGCUAGUAAAUCCAUGAACCUCAAACCCUACAUUUCCAUUGAAAAUAUAACUUUGAUAUCGGCUUGACUUGGAUAUUCAUUAAAAAGGAAUUCGCUUUAAUUCAGGUACUUAAUAAAUUAGUGAUCAAAUUCUAGUUGUGUAACCACAUGAUCACUGGAGUUUUUAAGAUGAUGGUAUAUUUUAUAGAGAGCAAAUUGUAUUCUUAUAUAAAUGCCCUUGGAAUGCAACAUGUUCUUGAUUUUCUAGCAAUGCUUAUCAGCGAAAUAGAAAUAAUCAUAUCUAAGGAGAGAUGAUCAAGAAGUGAUGAAUCCAAUACCUUGCCUAACAUAUAAUCAUGUCAGAGGAUUGUAACAAACCAAGGGUGUUUUACCCAACUUAUUGGGUACUAUUACUGAUUGAUAAUACUGUGUCAGGAUGACACGUGUAUGUUACAGUGUGUUUGACUGCAGUAGCUCAGUGAAUUGAAGCUACUUCAAAUAUGAAUUGCUUGAAUGUCAAUUUGACACAAAGCCUUUUGAUGACCUGCCAGCAUGCAGGUUUAUCAUGUUUUCUGGCUUCAGUGAAUGUUUGGAAUGAUGAAUGUUAACAACUAUCUGAAUGUUCAGAUUUCUUGAAAUUCUGAUGAUGUGAAUCAGAAAGAAAUGUAAUGAGUCUUUUUUUUUUAGUGUUGUGAAAGUACAAAGUAAGGUUUAAAGUGUAAUUGAGAUAUAUCAUGUCAAAACAGGUAUGUACAAUAAAUGAACAUAUGAAAAUA